AUGGAGCUGUUCUCAUUGAAAGGUCGGACAGCAUUAGUGACAGGCGGGACGAGAGGAAUUGGCCAAGCGCUCGCAAUUGCACUGGCAGAAGCAGGCUCAGAUGUCAUACUCAUCCAGCGUCCCGGAAGCAACAAUAACGAAACGAAAGACUCGAUCGAGAAGCUCGGUCGCAAGGCGACAGUGUUCCAUGCCGACCUUGCAAGCCCGAGUGACUUGCGAGGCCUUGUACAGCGGAUCACAGACGAUGGCCACGACAUCAACACACUGGUCAACUGUGGUGGAAUACAGCGGAGGCACCCAGCUCAUGAAUUUCCAGACGAUGACUGGAACGAGGUCCUCCAAGUCAACCUUAACGCUGUGUUUACGGUGUCUCGUGAUGUGGGAGCGUAUAUGCUUACACGAGAACCCAAAGGUAAUCCGCCACACCGUGGAUCGAUCAUCAACAUAGCUUCGCUGGUCUCCUUCCAGGGUGGCCUCAAUGUCCCGGCUUAUGCCGCGGCGAAGGGUGGCGUCGCUCAGCUUACCAAGUCUUUUUCGAACCAGUGGGCAUCUUCCGGCAUCAAUGUUAAUGCUAUUGCGCCCGGUUACAUCCACACAGACAUGAACGAAGCCCUCAUCAACGACGAGCAACGAGCCAAGAGCAUUCUCGAUCGCAUACCGGCCGGACGUUGGGGCCUUCCGGACGACUUCAAAGGGUCGAUCGUGUACUUGGCAAGUCGGGCCAGCUUGUACGUCAGUGGGGAGAUAUUGACGGUCGAUGGAGGGUAA